CUCGUCACUCUCGCUGUGAUCUCGUCGCAUCUCUUUUCAGUCUUUCAUCCACCUGGCUCGUCGUGAAACCAUGCCCACUCACUCACAGGGGAAAAGCACGGGGCCAGCAACGCGCAGCCGCUGACGUGACAACGGCAGGUACCGAGUAACGUCGAGAAGAGAGAAGAAAAAUCCCGUAACCACCACAGUGACCUCGACGAAGUCACGCUCUGAUACGCAAGACCACACGCGCGCAAAAGGGAGAGCGGUUUACGCGCGGCAGAUGCGUCCCUAUCCCCGUUGAGAUGAUGGCUCUGUGGACGCUCUUCUGCAUCCUCGCCGUUGUGAAAAGCAUUCAUGGAGCAGAUACAGAAGAGAGACUGGUCGAACAUCUUCUUAAUCCGGCACACUACAAUAAACUGAUCAGACCGGCAACCAAUGGCUCUGAAUUGGUGACAGUGCAACUCAUGGUCUCAUUGGCCCAGCUCAUCAGUGUGCACGAGAGAGAGCAGAUCAUGACCACUAACGUCUGGCUUACACAGGAGUGGCAGGACUACAGGCUUACAUGGAACCCAGAUGAGUUCGAUGGCAUGAAGAAGGUCCGUCUUCCUUCCAAACAUAUUUGGUUACCUGAUGUUGUCCUUUACAACAACGCCGAUGGGAUGUACGAGGUCUCCUUCUAUUCCAACGCUGUCGUCUCCUAUGAUGGAAGUGUCUUCUGGUUGCCACCUGCCAUCUAUAAGAGUGCCUGUAAAAUCGAGGUGAAGCACUUCCCAUUCGACCAACAAAACUGCACGCUAAGCUUCCGCUCGUGGACGUACGACCGUACGGAAGUGGACCUGGUUCUCCGUGCCGAUGUGGCUAGCAUGGACGAUUUCACACCCAGCGGAGAAUGGGACAUCAUCGCCCUUCCGGGCCGUCGGAACGAGAACCCCUCUGACCCGACCUACGUAGAUAUCACCUACGACUUCAUCAUCCGUCGCAAACCCCUCUUCUACACCAUCAACCUCAUCAUUCCUUGCGUGCUCAUCACUUCGCUGGCCAUUUUGGUGUUCUACCUGCCGUCGGACUGUGGGGAGAAGAUGACUCUUUGUAUUUCCGUGCUCCUGGCUCUCACUGUGUUCCUGCUUCUUAUAUCCAAAAUCGUGCCGCCUACAUCCCUGGACGUCCCUUUGGUUGGGAAGUACCUGAUGUUCACUAUGGUGCUCGUGACUUUUUCUAUAGUGACGAGCGUGUGCGUGUUGAAUGUGCAUCACCGGUCGCCCACCACACACACCAUGCCGCCAUGGGUGAAGCUUGUGUUCCUCAACAAGCUCCCCGCGUUGCUCUUCAUGCGGCAACCGUGCAACAGCAGCGAGCGGCAACGCCUGCGCCAGCGCCGCCAUGCCAAUGAACAGCAGGAAGGUGGCCGAGGGGGUUUGGCUGCAGGGCUUAUGGCGGGGUUGGGCUUGGCUGGCUCUUCGUCAAACAGUAAAGAAAACAAUGAGGCAUGCACUUGCUACGUGAACCGAGCCUCAGUGAAACAGUUUGGGGCUGAGUUGGGUGGAGGGGGAAGUGGGGGGUCGACGGAUGGACUAAACGGGUUGAGGGAAGGGGGCAGAGAGGCCAGGGAAGGAGGUUCCAAUCCAUUGCAGAGCUCUGCUGUGCCUCGAGGGAAACAGCAGCCACCUACUGUCCUCACACAGGCCCUGCUGGCCCAGGCCUGCCCAGGGUUCGAGGAGGCUGUGGAUGGAGUCCGUUUCAUUGCAAACCACAUGAAGAGUGAGGAUGAUGACCGUAGUGUGAGCGAGGACUGGAAGUACGUCGCUAUGGUGAUCGAUCGGCUGUUCCUUUGGAUCUUUGUGUUUGUGUGUGUCUUUGGCACGGUCGGAAUGUUCCUUCAACCUCUGUUCCAAAACUACACAGUUAAAACUAUCACCCACACACCUGGCUGACUAUUCACCAACAGACGCUACCCACCAUCAGCUGCAACAGGAGGGCGAAGGGAAAAGGGGCGGUCUGCCCAAGAGGAGGGGAACUGUAACAUGUCAACGUGUCACUCUGGACUAAUAUUAGGUUUAUACCAACCUCGUUUGGAAUAUACUGUAACAGCACAAACACACAGUGGGGAUUUGGUCCAGUAUUCUCAUGCAGGACGUCCGGUCCACCAUCCCCUCCUUUUAGGUAAAAGCCACGCGAACCAAUGGGAAAGGGAGGAGACACCUGUGUACUUUGCAGCCAAUCAGCACUCUGCGAUUUGAAAGCCAUGCACCGGCCACAAACUCCACAAUGAGUUUUCUGCUUCCUCAAGUAACACGUGACUUCCGUUUGUGACCUGCUCAUGCACGAAAACAAUGCAUUUAAAUGCCUGUUCUUUAGCAUUUCUUUCGAAUGUUAGUUUUUUGUUUUAAUACAUUUCAUAUUAUCUAGAGGCCUGUCGCAGCAUAGUGUCAUGAAAAUGCAACAUUUGUUGCUGUGUGAACAUAUGUCUGGUCCUUUGAAACAGAGCUUUGAUGCAGUAUUGUAUUAUUAAUAGAAUAAACCAAUGCAUUGUAUUAAUACAACACACAGCAUUAGGAAAGAGGAUCCAGGAUGAGAGAGCAAAAGAUUGUGCUUGUGCUUGUGGAGCAGGUUAAAUAUGGCAGGUGUCUGAGGGGUUUUGAUUUAUAAUCAGUUGGGCGUCUCUGUUGGAGACAUUUCAGAGGUCCCCAAGCGGAAAGGCAGACUGGCUAAUACAUACAGCAGAGUCUUAAAGCAUCUUAGAAAUCCUCCAGGCAAAAAAGGGAGAAACUAAAAGGCCAAACAGACACGAAAGGUUAUGUUUAAAUUCUUCAACUGUUUAUCUUUCCAGUUUCUCAGAUUUAAGAAACUAAUUGAAUCCAAGCAGUAUUGCAAUGAUGUUAAGCCUCCUAUAAAAUGUAAUCUUCCCUUCUCCAUUUCAUGCCCUUCUCUCCUAUUAUCGCCUGCUUCUUUUCAGACUCUCCUCUUCCCAUCAUCCCUCUCUCAUUGCUGUAAUUUAAGCUCUUUAUACAUUGCAACAGGCCUAUGUUGUUUGCAGUUUUGUGUGCAUUGUCACAUGUAAUUGUGAGUAGGGUUGGGUAUCGUUUGAAUUUUAUCGAUUUCGAUUCCAAUUCUGCUUAUUGAUUCCAAUUCUUAUCAAGACCCAGUUUCGAUUCCAAAGUUGAAAACAUUUAGAAAACAACGUGUAUGGUCAUUUAGCCUGCUUAUUGACUGGUUUAUCAAAAUGAGCACCAUUUGUGUAUAUAUACACAGCAACCAUGUUUUGUCUGAUUUAUUACAAUUUGUAUUACCAUAGCAUAAUUACAUCAUGGUUAAACUGGAGUUUAUAUAAUGAAACUAUGGUAAAUGUGUGGUUCCUGUGCUUUAUCACAAGUUAACACAUGUACAUUUCUGAAAAUAUGCACACAGGAAUUGAUAAGACAAAUUAAAAUUUUAAUUUCAAGUAUCUGAUUCCUAUUCUUUUCAGAUCUGAUCCGAUUCCUAGCCUUUCGAUUCCGAUUCCCAAUCAGUUUUGCGAUUCCCAACCCUAAUUGUGAGUGCAUAGGAACGAGUGUACCAGGACAGUAUUCCAGAAUAUAGCCCAAGAUCAAGAGGACAAUGUACUUCACCAAACCACAUUUAUUUCAAACUUAAAGGGAUAGUUCACCCAGAAAUGAAAAUUAUUUUAUCAUUUAUUCACUGUCAUGUCAUUCCAAACCUGUAUGACUUUCUUCUUACAGCGAAGAUAUUUUAAAUAACGUUGGUAACCAAACGGCAUUGCCCCCCAUUAACUUCCACUGUAUGCACACAAAACCAUUAAAGGAGCAAUGUGGGAUUUUUAGGAGGAUCUAUCGACAGAAAUGCAAUAUAAUAUACAAAACUAUUUCUUCAGAGGUGUAUAAAGACCUUAAGUAAUGAACCGUCAUGUUUGUAUUACCUUAGAAGAAGCUAUUUUUAUCUAUCUACAUACAGAGCGGGCCUACAUACAUUGAAUUCGCCAUGUUGCGCCGCCAUGUUUUGUACAGUAGCCAUAAACGGACAAACAGCUCUACAAAGCGCGUUUCCUCUCCCUCUACCCUGCAGUACGUAGUCUGGGGGGGGGGUUGACCGUCUACUAACUUACUCCUAACUGCUAUCUCGCUGUCAGAACAAACGCCUUUAACGUUGCUAUUUACUGUUAGCUAGCUCUACCCUCAAACUGUGCUGUGGAAUGCAAGCAUGAAAUGCUUAGCUUUAUCGUAGCUUAGAUCACGCAAAUAAUAAUGCAAAUUAGUCAAAUAAGCAAAGACGACACAAGUAUACAAGCAGCACACUGGUUCCAGAUAAUCAUUGACGCUAAUAUUACAACAACAAAAAUAACAUAUCUUGGUUCUAACAAACAGAAAAACCAAUGUUACUCACAUACUGAUCCGAAUCAAAGCAACCCUCCUCGGGGGUGAUUUUUAGACAAUCUUUCUUUCCAACAUCUCUCUGCUGGAAAGUAUCUCCAUGGAUAUCUGAGUAUCUCUGCUAAAAGCCUUAGUAACGUUACCGCCGGUGUUCUGCCAAUUUAUGCUACCCAUAAAUUUGUGCUACCCUCGUGUUGUGAUUGGGUUGGGGGAGGGGUUAUUUAGGUGUAAGGGUUGGGUUGGGGGAGGGGUUAGUCCUGUUUUGUAUGGAGGUAGCAAAAUUUGAUAGGGUUGCAUAAAUUGGCAGAACACCGGCCCUAACGCGUCUCUGCAGGAGUCAUUUAUAAUCUUUAGUCUUUAUAAUAUUAACGCAGGUCCUAGCUCCUGCCUGACUUUUAUACUUCUUUUUAUACUUAAAAUCCACAGACCCUUUAUUUAAUGUAAUAAAUAAGACAUCGCUCUUUCUACAGUCUUUCUAAUGCCCGCAUGAUCUCUUCCCUGCGUCAACAUGAGAAAACACGCGAUGUCUCAGCCGACGACAUCUUUUUGUACUGUGGUGGCACCGUCGUGUUUCGAAAGGUAAGGGUGAGCAGACGUGAGCGGAAUGGUUGCAAUUCUCAAACCCACCACUAGUGGCCGCUAUAAAUCCCACUCUAGACCUUUAAGACUCAAAAUAUCUUCUUUUCUGUUCUGCAGAAAAAACCUUCAAGUGAUACAGGUUUUAAACUACAUGGGAGUGAAUGACAGAAUUUGUAUUUCUUUCUGUAUAUCUCCUAAAUCUUUCACACUUUCUAUUCACUGUUUUGUUCUGCCACUUCUUCUGAGCCUCUACUGCAUAUAAAAAAACUGUACAUGAAAGAAAUGACUUUCUAUUUUUAAACACAGAUUUUGUCGAUCACUUAUGUCAUUCUUUUGGAAUUAUAAAACGUAGGUAAAACAUUUAGUCAUUUAGCUGCUGAUAUCUCAUGAGUCAUGAUUACAAAGUGAAGCAAUAAAAUUGUCAUCAACAUCAGCUAAUUGGACCUACACAUCCUUUCAGUUUGCAUCCCUUCACCACUUUUUGGCCGUAAAGAUUUCCGAAUGGAUUUCUCCAUCAUACUCAUAUACAGUAGUUCAUUAAGGGAGCCAUUUCCAAAAUAAUCUUUCAGAGAGCAGAUUAUACGAACACGUUCACACGGAUUAAAAUGAUUUUCUGAACCACAUUUCCUGAGCGAUACAAAUGACCUCGCUUAUUCACUGCCUGUGCUUUGUUACGUACACCAUGAGUUUUGUGCAUGCAGUCAUCAUGCUGCUGUCGCUCUGUUAAUCUUCUCAUGCCUUCUCUCACCAGCACUGAUCAGCAGAAAGCCCUAUUACAAACCACAGAACUGCAUAGUGCCAGUGCUUUCUUACAUUAAUGUAUCCUAAUCAUUAGCUUUUUAAGACAUAACAGAGUGCGAGUCAUGCUGAACGCGUAUUACUUGGGCUCCAAAUGACUAACUGUGCCCUUGCGUUCACUCACUGACAUUAGCAACACAAGGCUAGAUUCACCAAACAGGGUCUCUUCAUCCUGUCUGUGUCUGUGUGUGUGUGUGUGUGUGUGUGUGUGUGUGUGUGUGUGUGUGUGUGUGUGUGAGAGAGAGAGAGAGAGAGAGAGAGAGAGAGAGAGAGAGGAAGCAUUUUAUAUCCGAUACUGAAGUCUCUUUUAAUUAAUCAGAGAAAAAUGACAUGGAGGAAGUAUGUUAUGCAACGCCACGAUUCAUUAUUGCAAUAAUACAGAACUGUGACAUCACAUUGAUUCUGUGUCAAAACACUGAAACCCUGAUAGCACACGUACAUCUGGCAGACAUCUAUUUGAUGUCUGCAUUUUCAUCUGGAAGACAUCUGGCAGAUGCUGUUUGCUCAUCUGCCCUACAUCUCCGAGACGUCUGCUGUCAGAUGUCAUAUAGACCUCUAGAAGAUGUCUGUAAGACGUGUAUGAUUUAGAAUGGCUGUACAACAGCUCUUUCUAAGAUGUUUAGCAGAUGUUUUUAAACAGCAGAUGUUUUCCAGAUCUCCAGAUCUUUAGCAGACAUCUUACAGAUGUACCUGUGCUAUCUGGUACCCGUCUCUGACCCUCACUUCCCUCCCUUGGCUGACCUAACAUCCCAUAUAUUCUGUCAAAUAAAGAUUAGACAUUUAUUAUACCAUCUCUUUGUGGUUGAUAAUUCUUGGUCUUUGCAAAAGCACAACAACACUAAAUAUUUGUGUAUCUCAUAGACAAAAUGCAAAGUUUCAGUUAUUUUUAUCCUUAAAGGGAUAGUUCACCCAAAAAGGAAAAUUCUGUCAUGAGUACUCACUCUCUAGUUGUUCCAAACCUGUAUAAAUGUCUUUUUUUCCUGAUGAACAUAAUAUAACAAACAGCCACCAUUGAUUACAGUAGGAAAAUUACAAUGACAGUCAAAAGUGCCCAAGAACUGUCUGCUGUCUUACAAUCGUCAAAAUAUCUUAUUUUGUGUUCAACAGAACAAAAAAAUAUAAAGUCAAUAGAGUCCAAGAACUGUUUGGUUAUAAGCAAUCUUCCAAAUAUCUUUCUCGGUGUUCAUCACAACAAAUGCAGAUUUGGAACAACUCGGUGAGUAAAUGAUGACAGAAUUUUUAUUUUGGGGUGAACUAUCCCUUUAAAUGAAACAAAAUGGCAGUAACACUUCACCGUUGGCUUGUGCUGUUCCUCUGCCCAGAGAUUUGUUUACCAGUCUAUAAAUUCACAUUCAUUGGCAUUGCC